GCUUUACCGACGCGGCAUUGACGAUCUGUCAUGGCGUAAAGAAGUGUACAUUUCUGUGCACAAGUAAAUAAAAAUAAUGAUUCUCAGACGAUUUAUUUUGCGAUUGUGCUUUAAAAACUUUUGUUUAAGAUAUAAAGUAUCAUGAUUGCAGUGUGCUAAUUAUAUUUAGACGUAAGUGUGCGUUAAAAUGGACAAGAAAAAUGCCAUUAGGAGAGCCAAGAGGCCGUCUAAAGUGCUCGAAGAAAAUUAUUGGGAUUGCAGCGUUUGUACGUACAGAAACAAUGCGGAAGCCUUCAAAUGUUCGAUGUGCGAUGUUAGAAAAGGUACAUCGACCCGCAAGCCUCGAAUCAACCCGGCGCUGGUGGCGGCCCAGGCGGCCGGCACCGCGCCCACCAGCUCACAGAAAAGGCCCAGAUCCGCCAACUCGCUUAAGAAGAGGAGGCAUCCACCACGACUCAGCAAUGUCGACCGCAGUUCUGCGCAGACGAGAGAGGUAACGGUGAGCGGUGUGACUGUUGUUAUAACCGAGUAUAAGCCGAAGAAAUCCGUGUCCAGCAGUUCGAGUGACGUCGAGUCCUCGAACGAUGCGAGACCCUGAUCUUCGGCCAUGCUGAGCCUUGCCAGACCAUGCUGGGUCUUGCUGGGUCGUGUUGGGCCGUAAGCAACGGUAUUGUAAAUGGACUUUGGGACUAAGAAUGUAGCGUUAGUGUUUUGUUUUUACAGAUUUUAAAAUGGUGAACGUUGUAUGUGUUCCGAUUUCGGUUAGCAGUGCUGACAUUCCGGCUAACGCAUGCUUAAGAUUAAUUAAGAAGGAGCAGGAAAUAUUGUACUAGUUGCAUUACAUAGAGCUUCGCUACCCCGCUAUGUAUUUCAACUGGCACGAUAUUGCCUUGUCUAAAUUAGCCUCAACCACUUCGAUGUCCUUCCAAUAGACACAAUAGUUAAACAAUAGAAAUGUUCAUACAUGGCUUAUGGGAUAGGGAAGUGGUUAAGAUAUUCAUCAGACUCUUUGUGACACCUUAAAAUGAAUGACUUAUCGCCAAGCUAAAAGAUAUUGCAGUAUUUUACAAAAGAGUUUAGAAAAAUUCACAGCCGAAUUGUCGGCAUUGCCUUCCGAAUCUCGGAACGUAUAAAACCGCGUUACUCCUUCGAAAUAUUUAUGAAUAUCUUCUUAAGCCUUAGAUAAAUAUGUCUGUAUAUUAUAGUAAUUUAAUUCGUGUAUUUUUGUUAAACUAUUCAUAGCGACAGAAUGCCCGCAUAUAUCGUCUGACAAAUAUUUUGUAUGUAUUAUUAUUAAGUUGCAAUCGUUACGGGAAGUGCUUAGGAAAAGUGAUCAAAUAUCAAUGUAAUUAUAGAUAGGCUGUAUCGCUUUUCAGUAUCGUAACUAAGCUUUACUUAUGCCAUUAAAUUUGGAAAAGAAAUAACUUAUUUUAGAUGUAGUUUUUUUAAGUGUAAUUAAUGGAUUGGAGAAUGUAUAUUACGGGAGACCAGCUGGUCACUGCCAAACGAUUGAAUUGUAAAUAAAAUUGAUGAUGGUAAAUGUUAUUUUCGUAUAUUUCAUCGACGGUUGUAUUAUGAAGUUUUUGAACUGUUUCAUUUCCAUUGUGUAGAAGAAAUGGCGCUAAUUUUUGAAGCCCUAUGCCUGUACCACGAGUCUUUAGAGCAGACAUAUUGCCAUUACGGAAGAAACAGGGCGUAAUUUACUGUACAUAGUAUCUUCCUUAAAAAACAACAGCUCCAGUAUAAAAUGUAUUGAAAUAUCGUAGGCAAGAGACUUAUCAAAAAUCUUUCUUCUCAAAAA